AUGCCGCGUCGCAGUCAUCGAAAAGUCACACCAAUUGAAGACGAUAGCGAUUAUGGGCCCAGUGACGGCAGUGUUAAAAGCCCGGCUUCUACGAAACGCCGGAGAACAGAGACGCGUGAUGUCACGGAAGCUCCCCGGAAACCGCGUCUGGACAACCCAUUAUUCGAUUCUCUCGCCGAUAGGGAUACUCCUCUAGAGGACGUUGUUGGUGGGACAGUAAGAAUGCUUGAAUAUGACCCCAACAACGGGCUGUUAGAUCUGCUCAAUUUGGUUGUCAAGGCUGCGGGAUGUGCUACUAGCGUGCAACUGACUGCCCCUGGUGCUGCUGCCACUGAUCUUGAGGCUGCAACUAAAGGUUAUGCCCCAGCUAAAUAUCCACUCACUUCUGAUCGUGAUUUUGCACGCCGCUACGCCGAUUUUUUCGCCACAAUGGUCCCGGAAUUGGCGGUAGGUGAAAUCUUAGGGACACAGGAUAAACUCGUGAAAUACCUUAAAGAGUUUUCCACGCUGUCUCUACGCUCAAUUCGUCACGCGGCGUCGGUGGCUUUGUUUUCAUUAGCUUGUGAACUCGCAACGGUAAUUACUGACCUGGAAUCUACUCUUGAACGAAGAACUAGACACGUUACGGAGUUACAAUCUCAACUUGAUCAAAUCGUAAAGCUACGUGAUAUGGCUUUGGCCACUACUUCUGAACGCGUAAAGGAUGUGUUUCCUCCUAUUCGCGAAAUAGCGGCUCGGGCUUUGGCUGCUCUGGACCCUGCCCAACUCGGUGGGCGUUUGUUGAACGAUGAGGUUGCAGCAGUGCGUCUGGCUGCUCUGAAGGGGCUUGUUCCUCAAACCCAGGCGCAAUGGAAACGUGUUUUGGAAAUUGCUCAACGUGAUGUUGAUACAAGAUGUCGAAAACAAGCUCUCAAAGUUCUGGUGGAUGGGCCUCCGACUUUGGUCGACAAGGCUAAGCAGCUAGUGUUCGACGCCGAUGCGUCCGUAAGAAUUGCUACUGCAAGUCUCGCCAUUGAAAUAACAGGGCAACCAUCAGCAAAUUAUGAAAAGUAUAAACUUGAUCCUGCAUGGGGUGUGCUGCAGGAAUUGGGUUCUUUGAAUCCGACGCCAGAAGUAGCAGAGUCAAUGGCUAAAGCAGGAAAAUUUACGUUCAAAUCUGCAACCAGCUUUGCUUUAUAUGAUUUUUCAAGAUUAUCAGUCAGGCCUGAAGAUAAGAAAUGGGCUGAUGGCAUCCAAGUGCCACACGCAAUUCUUCCCAUGGCCUUGGGGUUCGGUCGCAGUGAAUGGGAGGAGCUGCAGCCGCGUGGAAGUACGAGUGACGAAAAACUAGAGAAAUGCGGUAACUUUGCAGCUGGAGUUUUGGAAACUGUGCCUCGCCUAUUAUCUGAAUACGACCAUGACGAGGAGCGCCUUCCCGACGCUGUCCAGAUCUUUAUGCUAGUAGACCUGGCUGCGGUUGCACGAAGAGGUCUUGAAACCGCAUACGAGGAGGUUCUUGCCAAAAUCCUUCGGACAUUUGCUGACCACACCACUAAAAAUAUGGCAGUUACAAUUCAGCAGGUACUAGCAAAGGCACUGGACGCCGACUCACCCGUAAGCGCUGCCGCGAGUGCCGAGGCACAAAGCUUUUACGACAAACUCCGCAGUAGCCAGCCCCCCAAUUUGCUGGCUAUUUCGUCUCUUGCCCCGUACAUAGACAUCUCCGAUAUGGCCGAGACGGAUUUUUGGGCCACCAAGUCAGAAGGAUCAGUCGCGCUCGCUCUAGCGCUUGGCACCUUUUACCCAACAGUUGCAGCAAAACACGCCGCGCAACAUCUUUCAACUGCCAACGCUGUUGAAGAACUCUUGAGCGUCUACAUCAUCGCGUCUGUCCAACAAGUCGCCCUCCCUGAGCUUCCAAAAGUGCCUCUAUCGGAUGUUUCGGAACGUACGCUUGCAGCCGCAAAGGCCGCACGUGUGAUUUAG